AUGCUGUGGAGAGAUCCAUUGUUGACGUUGGCAGCCCUGCUGCUGACAGCUGGGAAGCCCCGGCACUUUGAUUCACACACCGUGUACCGCGUUUUGCCCACCAAGGAGCUCCACGUACAGUUCCUCAAUGAGUUCGCUGACAAGCACCUCCACGACGUACACACGUGGCUUAAUUCUCUUCCUGCGUCCUACCCCGGCAUCGUCACGACGGUUCGGGCUGGCUUUAGCUUCGAGCGUCUCGAAAUCCUCGGUGUAAAGAUUUCGUACGGCACCGGCCGCCCCAUAGCUGUCAUCGAGGGAACCAUCCACGCGAGGGAGUGGAUCAGCACGGCCAGCGUGACGUGGUUCAUCAACGAGAUCCUCAGCUCGACCGACGCCAGCGUGAGGAGCAUCGUUGAUCAGUUCGACUUCUACAUCUUCCCUGUCACCAACCCCGAUGGAUACGAGUACUCUUGGACGGAUGAUCGUAUGUGGCGCAAGACGCGUCGGCCACACGUGCCGUGCUUUGGCACCGACGGUAAUCGAAACUGGGAUCAUCGCUGGUUAGAGGAGGGAGCCAGCAGCGACCGAUGUCGUGAGGACUACGCUGGACCGAUGGCGUUCUCUGAGUGUGAGACAAAGGCCAUGUCACACUUCCUGACCAGCCUGGGCAGCCACCUUCAGGUCUACCUGAGCUUCCACAACUACAGGCAGCUGCUCAUCUAUCCCUACGGUUCAUCUCACGAAGUCGCCGACAACGCCGCUGAACUGCACAAAAUGGCUGAGAAAGCAGUCAAAGCUUUGGAAUCCAGAUACGGCACCCAUUAUGCCUUUGGCAGCGUUGCGGAUGCAAUCUACCCUGCGACUGGCGGCAGCAUCGACUGGGUGAAGGGUAAGCUGGCCGUGCCCUACGUUUUCCUGUGGGAGCUGAGGGACAAGGGUCAGUAUGGCUUCCUGCUGCCCCCAGACCAGAUCAUCCCCACCAGCGAGGAGAUCUUCGACAGCGUCCUGUCCAUCCUCCAGGACGUGUGGGACGCUAUUCGCUGUUAG